GUGUGUUAUUACAAUGGGAUUUACACAGACCUGCUUCAUCCACAUCUUUCUCGCGUUCCUCAUCAUGUUAACAGAUGCUGAGGGCAUCAUCACCAUCAAAGCAAACAAAGGGCAGAAGAUCCCUCUACACUGCAAUGUAUCUGAGGACAGUCUUAAUAAAACAUAUACUGUCAACUGGAGGAAGAAUGGAACCUCUACAGCCCUCUGUUAUUACCGUGUGUCAAACAAUACCAUGACUAACAGCAACUGUGGAUCCCGUUAUGUGAUCGAAGGACGACCUCUGCAACUUUACUUAACAAAUGUCAGCUUCAGUGACUCUGGUGUCUACAACUGCUCUGUGACAAAAGUCAUUCCCCCACCAACCGAGGAGAAAUUCUGUUUGGUGGAUCUUCUAGUUGAAGCUCGUCCCACGGUGUCCGUGUCCUGGGUGGAUGGGCCCAGCGGGGACUCGGCGCUGCUCUGCUCUGUUCAGGACUUUUACCCAGAGAGCAUAGAGCAGGUUUGGCUCCGGGACGGACUCCCACUGAACGUGACCCCUGACAGACGCAGCACAGUCAACCCAGACGGCUCCUACACCCUCGACUCCUACUUGUCUCUGACAGCAGCGCAUGCUGAGGAUGUGCUCUGUUCCUGCUGGGUCAAUCACUCCUCUCUGGACCUGCCCCUCAACUACACAUUUCAGUGUAAAGAACACAAAACAGCUAGAAUGGCUGUUCCUAUACUUUGUGGAAUAUUUGGUGUGAUGAUCAUUUUCCUUGUUUUUCUGCUGUAUAAGAAAUUCAAAACAAUCCUCUGUACCUCUUUUGGAUCCGUCAACACACCGGCCCCCGACGUCCAGGAUUCACUGAACAAUCCCAUUUAUUCAAACCUUUGAGAGCAGCAACCAAACGCAACACUUAAUACUUGACUUUCUUCAAGUCUUAAAAAAGCAAAACCUGUU